AUGCAGCUCACUCAGCUCCUCCUUGCUACUGGCCUCUUGGCCUCCUCAGCCUUCGCUGCCCCUGCGGACACUUCCGCUAAGUCCAUGAUGGCCGACAGCCCCCAGUGGACCCUCCAGGACACCAAGCGUGUCUGCAACGAAGAAGACACCUCCUGCACCUGGACUUUCGGCAUCUACCCCGGCGCCGGCGAUGCCACUCCCUGCACCUACAUCGUGGAGGGCAGCCCUGCCUCCCAGGCCGACGGAGGCCCAGUCACUUGCGGCGAAUACACUGUCACCUCCGGCUGGAGCGACCAGUUCGGCGCGGAGAAUGGUUUCACUACCCUCUCUGUUGUCAACGAGGCUCGCCAGAUUAUCUGGCCUGCCUAUACCGAUAAGCAGGUUGCUGGUGGUGAGGUUGUCAAGCCUGACCAGAGCUACUCCCCUGCCGCUCUCCCUUGA